UAAGACGGUCUGUGAGAAGCCCCAGCAUGGGUGGGCAGUAAGACCAACACUGUGAGCAUGAGUCUUGAAAUAGACACAGGGUUGAAUUUUGCCCUUACUAUAGCCAGCUGUGUGAAUUGGGGUGAGUUAUUUAACCCACAUAAGCCCCAGUCACUGAAUACACUGGACACCAACUCUGAGGCAAGCAGCUUCUUGUUAUGGAAAGCGAGGAUAAUAUCAGUACCCCCUUCCUCAGGUUGCAGUUAGAUGCUCUCAGGCAACUCGAUUUAGUGUCUGGCAUGCAGGAGUUUCACUUACGUUAGAGUAACGUAAUCCACCUACAGGUGCUGGGAGGUUGGUGUGUAGGGACUGGGAGCUAACUGGAUUAAAAAGCCAUCAGUGAUACUGUAGGGAGGGCAUCCUUGACCUCAAGCCUCUGCCUCUGGGUUGGCGCCACUACGACCGACCGGCAAGCUCAUCCAGGUAUAGACAGAGGCUGGUGGCUCCUGGCCAGCUCAAAGUGUUUCCUUUUGCUUGGUAACCAGGAGGAGUGGCUGAGGAAGGGCAUGGAGUGGAGCAACACAGCUAAAAAUUACCCACUCUGGAUCCCCCCGGCUCCCCCAGACUGAAGAGGUCUGGAUCCGGAUGAGUCCCCAGUAAGAACGGCAGCCGCCCGGGGGACCCACCAUGUACGCGUACAGCUGGCUGUCGCCCGGGGAGGGCGUCUGGCCGCCGCCGCAGCCGUUCACCUGCGCCUACCUAGCCGCCCCUCUGCUCCUGCCCCCCAUCCAGGCCCAUAGCUUCCGCAGCCGGCCCGGGAGCCUGUACACGGGCGAGUUGCCGGCCCCGCGAGAAUACCACCGCUUCUACGGCCUCGCCGCGCCGCCCGAGGCCGCACAGCCCUGGUGGGCCUGCCCUCCGGCCUACGCCGCGGCCCUGCGCACCCCCUGCCCGGCAGCGGGAAUCUCGGGACUGUCGCUACAGGCGCCAACGGCGGCGGCGGAAAGCUGGACUCCGUGGCCCGAGGGCGGCAGCCUGCAAACCGAGCUACGCUGGGGACGCGUGGAGCGCGCGCGAGGCCCGCCUCUGCAACUGCCCGACUUCGUGCGCCGGGAGCUGCGGCGCGCGUAUGGCACCUACCCCCGCGCCGACGUGCGCGUCAUCCAGCGCCGCGGCCAGUUUCUGCUUCAGGCGACUCCGCGCGUGCGCGAGCCCGAACGCCGCGUGGAGUGGCCAGUGCGGCGCGGGCCCGACAGCGGCGACAACGGCCCAGGUCAGGAAGCCGCGGAGCGCGGCCGCCCCAGGAACAGCAAGGGCCUGAGCUGAAGGCGCCGCGAAGCCUAGCGACUGGGCUGCGUGCAUGCGCGCGCGGCUCCUUACCUCCAAUGGAGCCCUCACCUGCGCGCGGGAGCCGGGUGCGCCGCUCACCUGCCUUUUUGGCUUUUCCCAUGACUGCCCGCCCCCUUUCUGCACUGGUUUCUCUCGCCUUAUUGCUGGACGGUAGAGAAAGGGCGAGGGCAAGAUGGAAUCAAGGACACCUCUGGGUGUUGUGUACCUCUUUCCUUCUUGCAGCUUGGGAAGUGGAGGACUUGCGAUGGAAGAAGAGCCUGGGCCUCCCUCCUUCCUCUUCCCCAUCUUCGCUUAAGGAGCCUGCCCUGCAGUAAGCCACAACUUUUCCUUCUUCUUUUCCCUCUAUCAGAGUCGUCGCUCACCGCCUCCCCGCCCCCUACACCGUUCCCACCGUUCCCCUACCCCAGCCUUCCUGCCAAGCCGAGGGGCCACCGUGAUCCUCGGCUUAGUAAGAAAAGUAAAUAGGCCGGGUCCAGUGGCUCGCGCCUGGAAUCCCAGCACUGUGGGAGGCAGAUCGCUUGAGCCUAGGAGUUGGAGACCAGCUUGGGCAAUGUGGCGAAACCUCGACUCUACAUAAAAAAAAAAAAAAAAAAAAAAAUACAAGAAUUAGCCGGGUGUGGUUGCAUGCGCCUGUAGUUCUAGCUACUCGCGAGGCUGAGGUGGGAGGAUCACCUGAGCCCGGGAAAUCGAAGCUGCAAGGAGUCGUGAAUGUGCCACUGCACUUCAUACUGGGUGACUGAAACUGGGUGUCCCCCCCAAAAAAAAACAGUAAAUAAAUGAGCAAAGUCAAGUAUA